AUGCACCGGCGCCCGGAGCCCGUGGGUAUCGGGCUGCCACUGGCCUCCCUUCGUCUCAUGGCCUCCCCUCUGCAGCUGACCUACUCGUUCAUUUGGCAGGUGCUAAAGCAGAAGAACGUGAACCAAUAUGAAAAGGUGGAGGACUUUGUGAAUAUGGUCACUCAGACUGUCCCCGACAUCAUCAGCUAUAAACAAAAGGCUCAGCUCCUGUUGGGCCUCAGGGCAAAGAUCAUUUUGGAUCUGCUGAACACAGAUGAUCAACCAGACACUCGAGCCAUUCAAACUCUAAUAAACAAGUUAAAAGUGCCCACAACGACAGGGAAAGAUACAGAGGUGGAAAAGUCACAAACUAACUUCAUGGUGCUUGUUCAAAAUCUACUUAAAAGUCAAAAUGAACGCAAGCAAUUCUUUAAGGAAGUGUUCCCAGUCCAAUACGGUACAAAGUUUGACACUGCUCUACAGGCUUUGAUAGCCGGCCUCGUUUGCAAACUGGAGCAAUUUAUUCCUGUUCCUAAUCUGACACAGCUGGGGACCAUGAUUUCGACUGACCCUGCAAUUCUGGAGGCCUGUGGAGGCUUCAUCCCUGACCCUGGGGACCUCCGGACUCUCCUCCUGCACCAGCAAGCAAAGGGAAUGCUGGGGGUAAAAGCAACUGUCUCCUCUUCUGUGGGCGACUCUGUACUGUCUUCUCUUGCCUUCAGACUGAAGUCCUCAGAUCUCUCUCCUGAACCUCCCAAACCAAUUGAAGACACGCAAACCGAUAACUGCCCCGACUCGCCCAGUGAAACAGGAGACUUGGGUGUCAUAUCAGAUGAAGAAGAUGCACCUUUCUCUAACCCCACUUCUGCGCAGAGCAGCAAACCGCCAGGAGAGGGCAGUGUUGCAAAGGAAAACACUGUCCCAAGCACAACACAUCUGGAGAAAGAGAACCAAACAUCUCAAGUGCAGUCGCAGUGCGGGAAGUGCUUUUCCAAGCUUCAAAGCCUGACAAAACACAUGCUCGCACACAGCGGUCAAAAACCCUUCUACUGCAACAUCUGCAACAAGGGCUUCACUCAGUCGACCUACUUCAAGAGACACAUGGAGUGCCACACCAGUCAGAUGACAUUCCCGUGCAAGCAAUGCAACAAAACGUUCCCGACCGCGUUCAAACUGGCCAAUCACGAACGCUGGCACACUCGCGAUCGCCCCCACAUGUGUGAGCGGUGCGGCAAGCGUUUCCUCGUGCCCAGCUUGCUGAAGAGACACAUGGGAUACCACAUCGGGGAUCGCCAGUAUCUCUGUUCUCAGUGCGGCAAAACGUUUGUGUAUUUAUCCGACCUGAAGAGGCACCAGCAAGACCACAUUCCCAAACCGAAGAUACCAUGCCCGGUCUGCCAAAAGAAGUUUUCCAGCAAGUACUGCUUGCGAGUUCAUCUGAGGAUCCACACUCGCGAGCGGCCGUACCGGUGCACCCUGUGCGAGAAGACGUUCACGCAAGUCGGCAAUCUGAAGGUCCACAUCAGGCUCCACACCAACGAACGGCCCUUCAGCUGCGACGUGUGCGGCAAAACCUACAAGCUCGCCUCCCAUCUCAACGUGCACAAGCGGACACACACAUGUAAAAAACCGUGGAACUGCGUGACCUGCGGGAAGGGCUUCUCCGUCCCGGGACUCCUGAAGAAGCACGAGCAGCUCCACGUAAGAGAGGCCGACCCAGAGUUUGCGGCCAAGCGGAGACACAGGGGCAAGCACAAGAAGCACUCUCUCAAGAGGAAGUAUGAUGAGGAAGAUGAAGGCAGUGAUGACUAUUAA